AUGCGUCUCCCAUGGUUGGCCCUCUGCCUGGCUGUCGCCUCUGCAACGUCCAUCAAGUCUCAUCAACUCCGCCUUCCUUUUGUUCCUUCGCCCGAUGACAUCGAAACCGGCGUCAAAUCACUUCUGUCCAUUGACUGGUCCAUCAAAGAUGGCAACCUCUACGCCAACAACGACCAAGUCUACCCCCCAUCAACAACAAUGCAACUCACAGCGCCUCUCUACCAAGCCUCUCAUCCCACCCAGAGUGAUAAGUCCGUGGAAUUGACUUACACCAUCCACAGCCGUCCCCUCCCCGCAAAUAAUGUGGGUUCGGUAGCGGGUAUUGUCCGGGUGCGCAUUGAACUCCACGAUCUACAUGGGAACCUCGUCUCCCCCGACGCUACAGUCGUCGACCUGGUCAGUUACCAGGAUGGUUCUCACCAAAUCACUCGUGUCCGUGUGCGACCCGCGCGCGGCGGUUACCAGGCAGAUCACUUCGCGCAGAAGAGUCGGCCGUGGGUUGUGAAGUACUGGAAGACGCAUGUCGGGUCGUUUUUCGAUGCGAAGACAUCUACCUCGAUUGCUGAGAAUGAUUCGCAGCCGACUGAAUCGCAGUCGACUGAUUCCGAGGAUCACAUUGAGAUCAAAGAUGCUUCUGCCGACUCCGACUCCAACUCCAACACUGAGUCCGAAUCGCCUUUCUCUAUUUCGUCUUUCUGGGCUGCGCCUACUCAGCCCCACGAUCGUUCUGGUCACCGUCACCCGCACCACCACCACCGUCCGAAGAAUGCUUUCAUGCGCAUCGUUCGCCCGAUUAUCCUACCCGCUGUGCUAGGUGCGGUCGCCGGUCUCGCGGCCUGCCUGCUCGGCUUCUUCAUUGGAUCUCUUCUGAUGUCUUUCUCUGCCCGCGUCGGGUGGCGGACUUCACCCCGCUACUCGCAGGAUGUCUCGCUUGAAGAGGGUACUCAUUCUGAGAAGUCGCCCAUGGUGCCUCGGAUCCAUCUGACCGUGCCCGAGUCGGAUGUAUGA